AUGGUUGACAUGAAAGCCUUAGAUGAUGCUAUUCUUAUUAUUCCUAUCAGAAUCUGUCUGUCUCAUCAUUCCUUGAAUUCCCACUCCCGUCAGCUUCGAUUACGACUGCUCCAACAUUGUGUGAAUACUUUGACACUGACCCCCCCGCCUGAGGACACCUCAUAUCUCGAUUAUCUCUGCACGCAGCCGCUUCCCCGGCUUGCAGUUCUGCACCAGCUCCUAGAAGGGGUGCAACGUGCAAGAUUAGAUGGUAGCCGGUCUAUUGUAUAUGCUCAUGCCGACAUCAAUCAAUCUUUUCCAUUCUGGAUUCUGACGUUUUGGCGCCAAGCGUAUACUCUCCUUGACAUCCAAAACAAAUGGCGACAGGCAGAAGCCUUCCUUACCAAACGCCAAUCCAAUCCAGUGGCCUCUAUCUUCCAUCUUGCCUUGAGCAGGUUAUCUUGGUCAGGCUCCACGAAAGGUUUCUGUGACUGGUCACCCAUUCAUGACCUUGCAGAUUUCGCAUCGCAGAAAUGGCUGACCGAUACAAAUCUGAAUAUGAUGUUGGACAUUGUAUAUGGAGAUAAGGAUGUAGCAUCGAAGCAUACCUUCAAAACUGCAUAUUUUGUGCCGUUACUAUUACUCGCACAUGAUGAGCGUGCCGAGAAAGAUUAUUUGACCUUGCAGGAGGCAAAACCUUUUCGCAGUGCCACCGAGCAGUUGUUCAAGGGACACUACAAAAGCCUUGGUAUCCCUUGCCAUAUCCACGAGAACCAUUGGACUGCAGUUCUGAUCAAUGCGGAGGACCAGAAAGUCCUCUAUGGAGACUCAUUUGGCGCAGCUAUUCCAAAUAACCUGAAGGCAGCCAUUGAUUGGUGGCUCUCGCACCAUUCACCAACUCCCUUGACAUGGGAUGAUCUACAGAUUUCCUGCCAGGAGGAUACGCACUCCUGUGGUGUCUUAGCUGUCAAUGCCCUCGCUCAUUUCGUCCAACCAACGAAGUUCCCUCUAUUAUCAUCUUCUGACACAGAUAUUGCGCGUUUGCAUUACGGAAAUGCCAUCAUCGAGCAUCAUGUCAUGUCAUCACAAUUGCCAUCACUACCACCAACAUCUGCGUCCACAUCCAUUACACCACUUUCAUCUACUAUACCAUCACCACCAGUGUCUGCAUCUGUGGUGUCUGUUCUGCCUACUAUACUACCCCACGAGUCCAUUGCACUGAUAUUCAAGCUCAAGAAGAAGCGAAGUCAUGUGGACAUGCUUGAUGAUGAUUCCGACACCGCAGAACCUCAGUUCAGGGGGCAAUUAGUAGAUAUUGAGCUGAAGAAGUGGAAAAAUACCAAUGGUAAAACAGUUGGCCGACCACGUACUAAUGUGCUUGAAAAGGUGACAAGGCAGUGUCACAAGCUCGGCAAGCCAAAAAAGCAACGGUAUCGAUGUCUCGGGGAGAACUGCAGAUACAGUUUAGCUGCCCCUGCCAACCGGAAAUGUCUGUUGAAACACGCAGCUUCAUGCCACCGGCUACCUGUUACCCUCCGUCGUGAAGUCACUGAGCUCCUAGCCAGCAAGAGCUUAGGAGCACAAAUAGAGAAGCUGGAAGUGGCUAGAGGGGAGGACUUGCAAAGCACGAAUCCAUUGCUGGAGGCUUAUCAGGAUGCAGAGAUGACUACGGCCAGUGUUGUUGGUGUUGUUGAACACUUGAAGUCAAGGCUCGAAGUGGAGUGUAGCAAGAUGGGACGUGAAUACCUCAAAGCACAGCUAGACCUUGCGAUUGUCAAGCUCAUAUGCGCAGCUGCAAUUCCCCCAACACUUGUCAACUAUGUUGAAUGGAAAGAGAUCUUCCUGAUUGCAAACAAAGCAUACCAUCCAUCCAGUGGCACCCUAAUUGCUGACAAACAUAUCCCUGGCGAAGCUGCUCGUGUUCGGAUACUGAGCAUCAAGUUCCUCAAGACACGAUUCAACCUCACCAUUUCAUAUGAUGGCAGUACAACAAAGCGACCACAAUCUGCAUACACGGUCCAUUUUACUGCUCCAGACGGCCGUAGCUUUCUCAUCGAGGGCGAAGAAUCAUUGGACACCUCACACAUGGCUGUCAAGACACUGAUUCCUAUGUCGGAUGCAUGUCAUCACCUCAACCUUGUUUGCAAGGACAUCGCGAAGCUUCCAAUGUUCAAAGAUAUGAUCUCUCAACUUCGUUCCCUCGUGACAUACUUCCGCAAGUCGACCCGAGCAUAUGAUGCACUCGAAUGUGAAUCAAAGGAAUUGGCAAAACAUGCUUUGCCACUAUCUGCGCUGCCGCUAUCUCUGUUCAGCGCUGCCUCCCAGCAUUGCAAGAAAGCAGACUUAGCAAGCAUAAUCAAGUCUGGAAGCCAUCGUGGAUUGAACUUCGAACUAGGCCUUGCCCAUUUCAUUGAUGUUCAGGGCCCAAUUUCAAAGGCUAUUACAAAUCUGGCCGAUGUGUACAAAUAUUGGUUGGCCAUUUGCGGAUGCAUCAAACAGAUAUUUGAGGAUUUGUCGAGUGGUUUUAAUGUUGAAGAGAUGGGUCAAAUUUAUGCUAUCGUCAAUUCCCGCUUUCGUUAUGUUCGCAGUGCAAUCCUAUAUAACCCGCUCUCUCUCAAAAUCAAGUUGUGCCAGAUAUCCUCACAUCACCAACUUACAUCUGAGUUUUCAAGUACCCUCAAAAUUGUCGUUGAAGCCGAGUUCAAAUCCCAGCACAACCCCACUCUCAAAGGAAAAAUGGCUGCUGAUGUUCGUGAAGCUUUUGUGCGCCAGUUUGAGCGCUAUGUAAAAGGACAGUACCCUUUCGAUGUGAUGGUGGAUGCUGGUCAGGGCAUCCUCUCAUACUGGACUCACUUAAUGAAGAUACCUGAAGGUUACAUACUCGUGUGUAUCGCAGAAAAACUUUAUUCAAUCAAGCCCUCAUCUAUACCCGAGGAACAAACAAUGAACCGUCAACAUGUCCGGACACUGGUGGACAUGACUCAGAUUCGACAAUGGCAUAUGUAUGAUCCAAAGAAAAUGGUCAAAAGACGGCACCCAGACAUUUCAUUCAGCAAUCUCGACUCCAUCAUUUCAACAGGGCCCAAAGAACCAGCUGCUCAUCAAAGCCACGAGCCCACUGGCAGCUAUCUAUCUGUGGGCAUAGAUGAGGAGGAAGAAAUUCUCAAAGACAAAAAGGACACAUGGCUCGAUGAGAAGCUAGCAGCCGAACCAGCGCAGGAUUCAGCCUUCGACAUCGAAGUAGAUGCAAACAUUUGUGCACCAAUUGUCACCAAAGCAUUGUCUGAUGAAUGCAAGGAAAGUCCUAUCAACGGCCUGGGUGGUGAUGCUACUGAGGAUGAUGCUGACCUAGAGGACUAGGACACU